AUGGCGUCGUGGGACAAUCUCGGGGAGCUCUCCAACAUCGCGCAGCUCACGGGUCUGGACGCCGUCAAGCUCAUCUCCCUCAUCGUCAGGGCGGCGUCCACGGCGCGGCUGCACAAGCGCAACUGCCGCCGCUUCGCGCAGCACCUCAAGCUCAUCGGCGGCCUGCUGGAGCAGCUCCGCGUGUCGGAGCUCCGGAAGUACCCGGAGACGCGGGAGCCGCUGGAGCAGCUCGAGGACGCGCUCCGCCGGGGCUACCUGCUCGUCAACUCCUGCCAGGACCGCUCCUACCUCUACCUCCUCGCCAUGGGCUGGAACAUCGUCUACCAGUUCCGCAAGGCGCAGAGCGAGAUCGACAAUUACCUACGCCUCGUCCCGCUCAUCACGCUCGUCGACAAUGCCCGCAUUCGGGAUCGGCUUGAGUAUAUUGAGAGGGACCAAUGUGAAUAUUCUUUUGACGAGGAAGACAAGAAAGUGCAAGAUGCUUUGUUAAAUCCUGACCCUUGCACGAAUCCUACAAUGGUGCUCAAGAAGACUCUGUCAUGUUCCUAUCCAAACUUGCCUUUCAAUGAGGCCCUCCAAAAGGAAAGUGAGAAGCUUCAGGUUGAGCUUCAAAGAUCACAGAGCAACAUGGAUCUGGGUUCGUGUGAGGUUAUUCAACACCUGCUUGGAGUAACCAAAACUGUGGAAUCUACAAUUCCAGACGAAGAAACAAAUGCCAAAGCUUCGGAAAAGAAGGGUUCAAACUACAGUGAAUCCAAAGGAGAUAGUGCAAAAUCGUUUGAUGAUGAUGACGACUAUCCUAAGAAGCAAAAGGAUACCUGCAGCACACAACGAUGUUCUUCACAAGUUCCAUAUGGUCAUGAUCUUGUCUCAAGUAGAGGAUCAUACAGCGAUGAGUGGCAUGCAGAUUUACUUGGCUGCUGUUCAGAACCGGCUUUGUGUAUGUUUGAAGACCUUGUUCUUCCCCUGUGGAACCUUCUCGAGAAUUGCUUCAGUCGCCAAGGACAGGCCAAUGUCUUCUGGAGAGGCUUGCAAUGA